ACUGAUCAUAAUUCAUCAAAUAAAUUGAAACAGUUUGUGAUAGUUUUGUGAAAAUUUCAAAUAUGCCGCUAAUGAUAGCUCUGUAUAUUUUGAAUUGUGGAAUAGUGUGUCUUGUUCAAGGCAAAUUCUUACAAAUAUCAACAAUGUUCACUUCGGGCGAAGUGAGAUUUUCUUGGAAACCGUUAGACUAUUCUUUAUAUGACGUCCUCCUUACCAAAGAUGACUCACCAGAUGCCUGGGUCCGUGUGUCUGAUUCACAAUACACUGUGAAGCAUGUGUUGUUGUAUGAUUCCAUCCGGAUCAAUGUGAGAACAAGUGGAUCGAAUGUUAUCAACGUAAUGACAUACAACGUCUCAAAAGUUAAAACUCAGAUAGGAGGCAAGACGAAUAUUUCAUGGACAGCUGCAUAUUUUCCAUUUUCCGGACAAUACUACGUCUAUCACACAUAUAAAGAAAACAGAACAAUAUUGAGUAUAAGCAGCAGCGGAGUAAAUUAUGGAGAAGAUACACAAACAAGUAAAUACGCUUACACCUCCAGACCGUUUAAUUCCACUAACAUCGUGUUUGAGAUUAGGGACAUAACUCUGGAUGAUGCGGGAUAUUACAAUGGCGGGUUGUCUGCUGACGCAGCGUGGUCAGGUGGGGGUGUUGUAUUAAUUGUAUCUGGAAAACCCGAAAAGCCAAAAAUAGACGGAAAGCUUAAUACACUAGUAAACGCAUUCUUAGAACUGAUCUGUGUCAGUAAAUCAACUUCCACACCUGACUAUUACUCAAAGCUUCUAAUCUUGUCGUACACGUGGUUUAUAAACAACACAAAGGUGGAAGGAAAAGCCAAGGAAUCUUUCAUAUUAAACGUUACUAAAUGGCACAGGUAUAACAGGUAUUCGUGUCUAGCGACAGAAGAAGAUCUGGAGUCUGAUCGGAGUGAUGCAGUACAGAUUAAUCCUUUAUAUGGCCCAGAAAAACUCACUUUAACACCAAAGCCAAAAUUGGAUGAAAAUGAUAAGUUCACUGUUUUGGAAGGUGAUAUAGUCGGUCCAAUCUUAUGUUCAGCGGACUGUAAUCCACCUUGUAACGUUACGUGGAAAUACAAGGACUCAAACGGGCAAAGAGAUGCCUUGUCUCAAAAAGGGAUAUUACUACUACGAAACGUCAACAGAAGUAACACCCAAAUUACGUGCUUAUCCAGAUGGAAAAAUGUAUCAAUGAAGAAAGACAUUUCACUUGAUGUUCAGUAUGUUGAUGUCCCAGCUGUAUAUCUAAAUGACGAAUUGGUGUCUUCACGGAUAACCAUCCUGGAGGGAAAACCGUUCCAUCUGUCUUGUUUUGUUGAUGGAAACCCGACUCCAACUGUACGACUCGGUAAAUCACAGAACGGAGGGACUGUCAUUUUGUCUGAGGAUAGGAACCACUGGUCAAACUACAACAUUGGUACAGGAGCUCAGUGUUCUGACACAGGGACAUAUGUUUGUUUAGGACAGUCUACAGAUCUGAAAACCAACACAAGGGCCAUUGACGUAAACAUUUUGUGUGCACCAAGGCUAGAUAAAGAGGUUAGAUUGGAGACAAUCACUGAGUCAGUUUUCUGGCGUCAUAUACCAGCACCGUGUAAUUAGCAUCAUUUCUGGUUUGGAAGACGAAAAACUCGGUGAAUAUAAGCUUUUGUACGAAAGAAAAUUUCUAACAAGCGUUUUCAUCAGAAAAGAAGGUAAGAUAUCUACAUAUACUAAAUUAUGAUGACGGACAAUACAUAGAAAUCACAUAUAAAAAUAUAAAAUUAAUGAUAUAGUCAACUACACUUAAAAUUAAAAAAGAUAUAUUCAUGUUAUCUUAAGCCAGUUUUAUGAUUGAAAGAAUCGAAAUAUUUAUUUGCUUAUAUUACAACUUUUGAUAGCGUUAUGGUUUUAUAUAUGCUCUACUUGUGUAAUCUAGUCAAGAUUACUCUCGAGUGAUUUUUUUACAAACAUCAUUAUUCUAAGUUAAGAUAUGGUGUCUAUCGGUAAAAGCAUGAAAAUCCACUUUUAAAUUAAAUAUUCAAUUAAAAUAUUGAUAUUAAUAUUAGUUGUCUUAAAAAAAAACAUUCAUACAAAUCUUAAUACUUAUUUCAAGCAGUUUCAAUUAUAUUUAGUAAAUAACCUUUAAUUUUAGUAGAUGAGGUAUACUUCCGAUUAAAAUUCUAACACAUAAUGAAAAAUGUGAUGGGAAUCAAUAGGUAUCUGUAUAUAUCUGUAUAAAUGAUUUUAUCUCAAGUCAAACGUAUAAGCAUAAUGUUUUCUACAUGUAAUUAAAGAUUUACAUAAAGCUGUUGCUGCAUUAAAAACAAAUUAGAGCGAGAUGCAAUGCGUGCGAAAUAAUAAAAUUUGUGGGAUGUCAUAUAUGGCUAUAACUGAGAUCGUCCGAAGCAGGUCACAACAAACCGACAAAACAAGGGACACAUAACCUUUGAUCGUUGUUCUCUUUGUUGUACUGUUAUAUCAUGGCGCAAGCGCAAACGAUGUCACAUGCCGAUCAUUUCUUUAAAAAGAAUACUUGUUUUGUCUUUCAUUAGAUAUUUUUAACAGGUGCAGUGGUUGACAUUUUUUUAAAACGCGUUUUAAUAUGAUUGCUAUUAGUUAGUAAAAUAGCCUCUUAGUAACAAAUAAUUUCGUUUUGAAAUAAGCUCAGUCUAUGCUCCUCAACAUAAUUAAUGGUGUUCCAAAAACCACAAUAGUGGUCGUUUCAAAUUAAUUAGUUAUAAUAAAUUUCAAAUAGAUAUUAAAAGAGUGUCUUCGAUGAGAAUUAUCAUACUCCUCCAUCGUGGUCGUUACAUCGUCACAUGAUUAGCGAGAGUUCGCGUGAAAGUAGAUUUCCGAUUACAUGGUUAAAAAUGGUACUUGUGGUUAUGUAUCGGCUAAAUUAAGUUGAGGUAUAUCAGAGAUGACAAGGAAGAGCGAGGCUGCGGUGGAAGGCGAGAAAGAUCUAUUAUUUGUUGUUGGCUAAUUGAGUGUUAUUUAUGCGUGUUUGCACGUCAUACAAAGAACAGGUACUGUCAACAUUCAACAUUUUUUUUACAGUUUUCCUAGUUUGCGUUAUUGUUGAUGUUGCAUUUGAUCUUGUUUUUUAUAUUGUAUUCAAUUCGGAUAUUUGGUUACUGUCUAAUCUGGAAGUCACUUUUUUAUUGUUUUGCGUCUGAUAUUUAUUUUACAUUAUAAUAAGUCAUGUGUCUAAAGAAAAUUGAAAAAAAAAUAUCCUUAACUCUUUAAUCAGUUAUUUUAACUAACAUGUACUACUGCUUUUAUAUCAAAAUAUAUUACAAAAUGCAUUGUAGCUCUACUUUGGAUUCUUUCUGUGGAGCCAAAGUCUGAGGAAAGUCCAGCAAAAUGAGGAGUACAUCAAUGCCGAUAAAUAUGAAUUCAAAAACAUCUUAUUUUUAUGAUUAUGGAGGUAGCAAUAAUUUCACGACUGGACAGAGAGAAAUUUCUUUGUGGUCAGCUGUAAGGACGCUUCGGUUGACUACGUCUAAUGUCUCUCAAAUAAUUGUAGCAAUAAAACGCAAUACGUAAUCAAUACCCUUAAAAUAUCGAUUAGAUAAAGAUAAUUUAAACUCUCUUCUAGUUUAAAAUUAUUUUAAUAUUACUAAUGGAAAAUGUGGUUGUGUAUUUUCAACUGUAUGUUUAUAUAGACAUAAGUAUUUUUUGAUACACUUAAAACGAAUCUUAAGUGUGCUUGUAAUUUGGAACUAAGACCGCUAUUUCAAUGUAACACAACACGCCAGAAAGAUGGUACCCUGGAAUAUUGCAAAUGCAAAAUGUGUGUUUCUGUGCUCAAAGGAUUUGCAAACAGUUUUGGUAUUAUUUAACAUAAUUAAUUUACAAAAAAUAAAAAGAAAAAAAAAACUAAUCAUAAAUUAUUAAAAUAUCAUAUUUUAUCAUAUAGAUAUAAACAUUAUCUAUUUUUGUUUAAAUGAUGAUUUAUAGCUUAGCAAUGCAUCAUUUUGUUUACGUAUAUAAAUAAUGAGUGUGUCAUUAUAUAUUUAUCAGUUAGGCGAAGUUUCUAUGAAGAUAUCGUGAAUUGCGCAUAUUUUUAAUCCUGUAAAUAAUGGCUACCGAUUAAAAUACUACUAGCCUUAAUGCUGCUGUAAAAAUGUUCCAUGGUGAUUUUUAUAAAGUACAAUGCAUAUAAUACAAUGCAUUAAAACAAUUGUUAAUUGCUUAAAAAUUUUUUGUAGUCUCAAAGAGCUAAAAGUCAGAUAGGAGGCAGGGCAAAUAUUUCAGGGACAGCUGCCUUCCGUCCAACUGCUGGAAUGUACAGCGUUUUUCACACGUAUAACGAAAACGGAACUAUAUUAAAUAUUCAAGGUUUAAGGUUACGGGCAUUAAAUAUCCGUAUGUUCUAUUUUAUCUACCACUUUGAUUGCAUCAAUAAGAUCAAAUUAUUAUCGAUUUAUUUUCAUAGUUUUAUUAAUUCAAAUUUCUAUCAACUUUUUGAAAACUUUAAAACAAACAACGCCAUUACUAAAAACCGUAAUCUUUUUUAUUCAUGCUGCCCUUAGAAACAAUCAUUUAAUAGGGUUAUGUCAAAUUAAAUUGAAUAAUUAUUUGCACACCAGAUUACCCUGUAUAUAUUCACUUCAAAUAAAAACACAAAAACUCUAUUGGUUGCUUAAAAACAUAUAAAAAAUAAUUUGUGCCGUUUUUUCAAAAAGAUUUGUUAUGUUGUUAUUUCUUUCCCUUUUAUUUAGAGAAAUAUGUGCAUAUAUUUUUAAAAAUUUACCAUAGAUAGAACGAAUUGUGUUAGUUGUAUGUUGUACGCCACGUUCGUGUAUUUAUUUUUUAUUUGUAAUAUUCACAUGUUAUCCUAAUUCUUUCAACAUUAUGGGUUUAUAUACAAGUCAUAGAGAGAAUAAAAUUAACAAAACAUUUAUUCCUCAUGAACAUCUAUAACCAUUGCAAAUAAUAAUCAAAUAUGAAAUGUAUGCCUUUUCUCAACGAUGUCUAUUGUUAUUUUCUAAGAAUUUUCUUACUUGUGAUUUUUCCCCAUUUUUUGAGCCAUA